AUGACGGCCAACUUCCCCAUCAGAACGCACGCCCAGCGCUCCGUGCUCGGCUGCUCCUUCGUCUUCUCCAUCCUUGCAAUCACGGCCGUUCUACUCCGGCUGCUGGCGCACAAGAUCGCGCGCAAGAAAUGGACUCUCAGCGAUUAUUUUAUUAUUAUGGCAUGCACAUUCUCUGUCGGCCUCCAAUGCAUUAGUAUCACUGGCGUUUUCCGAGCAGGUAUCGGUUACGACCACGUCAGCGUCAUCGUGGCAGACCCUAGAUGGGGUACAGAGCCCAUAAUAACCGUGUCGAAACUCAUCGUCCCGCUGCAAUUUGUGUGGGUGCUGAGUCUUAGCUGCACCAAGAUCAGCAUUCUCUUCUUGUACCUCCGCAUCUUCCCUGUCCGGUGGCUUGUGAUUUCUUCAUACGCAACAAUGGCUGUCAUUGUGGCGUGGGCGAUCGCGACGAUUCUAGCGGGCUGUCUGAUCUGUCGCCCUUUUGCCUAUAACUGGGAUAAAACCAUUCCAGGCGGUUACUGCGGUGACCAGGUUACGAGUUUCACAAUCACGGGCAUUAUCAAUCUCGUCACUGACGUGGUAGUCCUUGUGCUGCCGAUGCGGAACUUGUCCAAGCUUCAGAUGGCGACGUAUAAGAAGAUUACCCUGAUUGCUGUUUUUGGUCUGGGCGCUGUAACAUGCGUGAUCUCCGCCCUCCGCAUUUCCGUCCUCUCCACCAUGAACUUCGCAGAUAUCACCUACACUAUACCAAAAGCCAAUAUCUUCAGCGGGAUCGAGCCGUGUCUGGCCGUGAUCCUCGCCUCCGUGCCCAUGAUGCGGCCGCUGCUUGGUCGAAAGGGCGGGAGCACCGAUGCAACGGGCCAAACGCCCGUCUAUUCGGAUUCCAACUCGCAUCCGCACCCACAUUCAAAGUCCCUUUCCAAGUCAAGGGGGAACAGGAACUCCAGGAUUGGUGAUGAUGGGUUCCAGCCACUUGAUGAUGAUACGAGUCAGCUUUGGCUUAGGCCUCUGGGGCCGAAACAUCAUGUUGGUGUUAAGGUGUCGCAGGAUACGGUCACGGGAGACGGGGAGAGUACGGGGAGUCUCGAGUCGUUAUCGGAGACGAGGGGGAAAAUGGCGAAGAGAGGUCCUGGGAUUGGCGUUGGGUCGGGGAUCACAGUGAAGCAGGAGUGGAAUGUGGGGGAGUCGCGAUGA